GCGGCGGGGCCGCGCCUGUCAGCGGGGCGGCGGGAUGGCGGCGCUGUACGCCUGCACCAAGUGCCACCAGCGCUUCCCCUUCGAGGCGCUCAGCCAGGGACAGCAGCUCUGCAAGGAGUGCCGGAUCGCUCACCCCAUUGUCAAAUGCACUUACUGCAGGACCGAAUUCCAGCAGGAAAGCAAAACCAACACGAUAUGCAAGAAGUGUGCUCAGAACGUGAAGCUCUACGGCACACCAAAGCCCUGCCAGUACUGCAACAUCAUAGCAGCAUUUAUUGGAAACAAGUGCCAGCGUUGCACCAACUCGGAGAAGAAGUAUGGACCCCCCCACUCGUGUGAGCAGUGCAAGCAGCAGUGUGCCUUCGACAGGAAGGACGACAGGAAGAAGGUGGAUGGGAAGCUGCUGUGCUGGUUGUGCACGUUGUCCUACAAACGGGUCCUGCAGAAGACCAAAGAGCAGUGCAAACACCUGAGCAGCUCUUCCAGGGCCAGCCUGCAGGAGAAGGAGCAGUUCAGCAGGCUCAGCAGUGGCAGCCACUACAACAGCCAGAAAACCUUAUCCACCUCUUCCAUUCAGAACGAAAUCCCAAAGAAGAAAGCCAAGUUCGAUGCCAUAUCUGCCAAUGGAGACAGCGUUCCUUCCUCUCCCGAGAUGCUUUGCCCCCUUAUCCAGAGGGCCCCGUCCACGUUGGCGCAGUGGGCUGCUUCCCAGCAGGCUCUCGGGGCCCACCAUUGUCCUGUUGCUCAAGGCACUGACAUCCUGAACUUCUCCCCAGACCUCGCCCUGGACUCCCCUGGCACCGACCACUUCGUCAUCAUUGCCCAGCUGAAGGAGGAAGUGGCUACUUUAAAAAAGAUGCUGCACCAGAAGGAUCAGAUGAUUCUGGAGAAGGAGAAGAAGAUCACGGAGCUGAAAGCCGACCUGCAGUACCAGGAGUCACAGAUGAGGGCAAAGAUGAACCAGAUGGAGAAGACACACAAGGAGGUCAUGGAGCAGUUACAGGCCAAGAACAGAGAACUCCUGAAGCAAGCAGCUGCCUUGUCCAAAGGCAAAAAGCCGGAGAAGUCAGGAGCAAUAACCUCCCCUUAAAGCCAACCCCCGCAGUCUGGGAGCUUUCCCCAGCAUUAGCCAAGGAGUCUGGGAGACCCGCUGGAUCCCUGGAAGCCAAAACCUCCGUGUUGUCGCUGUCCCACUGCCGUGGACUCCAUGGGAAUUCCUGAUGUGUGUUGCCUUCCGACAGCAUGCUCGAGCGUGGCCGGUUUCCAUCCGCAGGGAGAGGUCCCAGGCCUUCCUAAAUCCCCCCUUCCCCCCGAAGUACUGUUUUCUGGGAAGAAAUCUUCCCCCUAGCCAGUUGCUACCACUGCCAGCCCUUUCCAUGAGCAAACAGGAACCUGCUGCAUCAGGGGCUCCUCGCUGUUCCCAGCCUGCUGCUGGGAGGGAAUUGCUGUGGUUGUUCCGCAGAUGAAGCGGGAGCCGCGUGUGGUGGGAGCUGGAUUCUCUUUUUUUUUUUUUCCCCUUGAACUGUUCCCUCUUCAAAAGGGAGCCGAGGACUCACCAGCCCAACAGAUGUUCCUGGGAGGUUGUGCCACUGCUGACAACGGUUGAUCCAGGUUUCUUUUGGUUUUUUUUUUUGAAGAUGCUUCCAAAAUGGGGGCUGUGUAUUUA